AUGACUGAUUCCUCCUCAUCUGACUCCACCAAGUCCUUCUUCCACCCAUCUUUGGCUGUCUCCAACAUCAAAAAUCACAUCUCCAUUACUCUUGAGAUGGAAAACAUCCAAUAUGGGACAUGGGCGGAACUCUUCAAAAUCCACGCCAAGUCCUACAGAGUCCUCCACCAUAUCAUUCCACCAGAGUCCGGGAAAGAAAAGAUGCCCAAAACCGAUCCGAAAAGAGUUAUGGUCGACUCUCGAUGCCACGCUUCUUCAAUGGAUUUAUGCUACCAUCUCUCUGACCUAUUGCAUACUAUCCUUGAACCCGACUCCACGGCCAUGGAAGCUUGGAAUAGGCUGCGUGACAUAUUCCAAGACAAUAAAAAUUCUCGAGCUGUCACUCUUGAGCAUGAAUUUUCUCACACUAAUACGGAGGAUUUUCCUAAUGCUUCCGCGUAUUGCCAACGACUCAAGAUUCUAUCCGAUCAACUCAAGAACGUCGAUGCUUCAGUCUCCAACAACCGCCUCGUCCUUCAAAUGGUAGCCGGACUCACUGACGCCUAUAAGGGGCUUGCCACGGGAUCCACUAAUGCCAUGAUUGCUCGGGAUUACGACGAUAAUCCUUCUUCUGGAAAUAACCACCCAAACCGUCAGAAUAACAGUGGUAAAAGGCAUCAAAACAGUAGCAACAAUGGUGGAAAGAACCGUGGCAGAGGCGAUGGCAAUAGGGCGUGA